AUGGCCUCUCGAGAUGAUGCCUCUGCUGCUACUACUACUACUGAUGAUGGAAGUCAGUCUGCCGAUUCCAAGGCUUUGAAGAAGAAAGAUGAUGGAUCUAUUGAUACUGCAGAUCUCAAAGAAAAGCUCGCUGAAUCUGUCAAAGAGUCUGUUGCCAUUGCCACAAGAAGCACUCCUGAUCGCCAGUGCAAGCACAAGCAGAAUGUAGAAGACUCUCUUGUGAUUAAUACAAAGGGCGCCAGGCAUGUCAAUACCCGGAGAGGUGCUGCCGCAGGUUCCUGUUCCAAGGCCAACAAGAAGGGAAACAAGAAAAAGGCUCCUGGUGGGAAACCACCCCCUGGCAAGCCAAAGAAGAAGUCGAAGAAGGUGCCUGCUGUGAAGGAGGAGUCUCAGCAGCGCAACCAUGGUUCCAACUUCACGAAGAAGGAAGAUAUUUGGCUUGCCCGUUCCUUCAUUACUUGUUCCAAAAACAAUCUACUGGGAGCCAACCAAAAGGACAAGAAAUUCUGGCACAAAGGUGUGGAAGCACGCUUCAAUAAGCUGGCCGAGGAGGAGACAGAGCCUGAUGAUGAUGGUCUCAAGAGUAUCCAGCCUUUGACUUCUCUAUUACAGAGGAGGACGCCCAGAAGAAAAUUGAGGAAAUGGACUCAAAGAGAAUUGUAA